AUGGCGAAUAUAUGGUAUCCAACGCCAAAACGUGCCAUGAACUGUAGUUAUGGCAAAAAUGAAUCUAAAAAAAAUUUUAAAAAAAUAUAUAUAUAUAUUCCUUUAUCCGUUGCAUAUUUGAUAAAAUUGUGCAUAUCCGACACAAUUAAGAUAUUGUCAAUUAUUAAUAUGUUAUAUCUAUACUUUUUUUUAAUAUGGACUACAAACAGUUUCAACUAUAGAGAGAAUUAUUAUGAUAAACCAAAAAAUGUUUACUCAACGGUUUACAAUAGAUUAUUAUCUGACGCCAAAUUAUUAAUGUUAGGAAAUAACUCGAUAACUAAUUCAAUAAUAGAUAAUAAAAAUAAGAAUGACGAUAAUUUACUUUUAGAGCCUUUUUUAAAGGAGCCUCGAAGUAUCUCUCUAAGGACACGUUUAAAGAGGGAUUCAAAUAAAUCUAUUAAAGUAAUUCCAAUGGAGCAUCAUAAUGAAUCCCCAAAUGAAUCAAUUAAAACAUCUUCAAAUAGUAGCCUAAAUAAAUAUUCAACCCGAUUAAUUAAAGCAUCUAAAAAGGGGUUUAAUAAAGUAUUUCGAAGAAUACAUCUAACUAAAUCUCAAACUGAAUUAACUAAAACAGCUUCAGAUAGUGAUAUAACUAAAUCUUCAAUUGAAUUAACUAAAACAGCUUCAGAUAGCGAUAUAACUAAAUCUUCAAUUGAAUUAACUAAAACAGCUUCAGAUAGCGAUAUAACUAAAUAUCCAAAUGGAUUAACUAAACCACCUGUAUAUAGGAAUCUAACUAAAUCUCCAAAGGAAUUAAUUAAACCAUCUGCAUAUAGGAAUCUAAAUAAAUCUCCAAAAGAAUUACCUAAAACACCCUUAAAUAGCGAUCUAACUAAAUCUCCAAAAGAAUUACCUAAAACACCCUUAAAUAGCGAUCUAACUAAAUCUCCAAAGGAAUUAAUUAAAACGCCCUCAAAUAGCGAUCUAACUAAAUCGCCAAAGGAAUUAAUUAAACCAUCUGCAUAUAGGAAUCUAAAUAAAUCUCCAAAAGAAUUACCUAAAACACCCUUAAAUAGCGAUCUAACUAAAUCUCCAAAAGAAUUACCUAAAACACCCUUAAAUAGCGAUCUAACUAAAUCUCCAAAGGAAUUAAUUAAAACGCCCUCAAAUAGCGAUCUAACUAAAUCGCCAAAGGAAUUAAUUAAACCAUCUGCAUAUAGGAAUCUAAAUAAAUCUCCAAAAGAAUUACCUAAAGCACCCUUAAAUAGCGAUCUAACUAAAUCGCCAAAGGAAUUAAUUAAACCAUCUGCAUAUAGGAAUCUAAAUAAAUCUCCAAAAGAAUUACCUAAAGCACCCUUAAAUAGCGAUCUAACUAAAUCUCCAAAGGAAUUACCUAAAACACCCUUAAAUAGCGAUCUAACUAAAUCGCCAAAGGAAUUAAUUAAACCAUCUGCAUAUAGGAAUCUAAAUAAAUCUCCAAAAGAAUUACCUAAAACACCCUUAAAUAGCGAUCUAACUAAAUCUCCAAAGGAAUUAAUUAAAACGCCCUCAAAUAGCGAUCUAACUAAAUCUCCAAAAGAAUUACCUAAAACACCCUUAAAUAGCGAUCUAACUAAAUCUCCAAAGGAAUUAAUUAAACCAUCUGCUUAUAGAAACCUAACUAAAUCUCCAACUGAAUUUAUCAAUAUGGUUCAAAAAAGGCAUAUAAAUAGACAUAAAAAAUUGAAUAAAAAUGAAAGUACAAAGAUAAUUUCAAAUAUUCCUAAAGAAAUACUUCAAAAAAAUACGCCUAAUUCACAUAUUUAUAUUCAUAAAAUGGGCUCAUCACAAUUAAAACGUCAUUUAUCUGGAAAUGCUCCUGAAAAUUUAAAAUCAGUUGCAGAUAAUAAGACAUAUUUAGAUGAUUCCAUGAAAAUGGGAAUUCCUCGUAUGAUCCCACCUAAUUCUUCAAGCAAUAAAGGUGAAGCAUAUAUGACAAGAAACAAGCAGCAUGAUAAUAAUAAAUCUGAAGAUUUGUCAUUAUUAAAGGUGGUAAAAGAGGUAACAAAUUAUACCAAAUCAUUAAAAGAUUCAAUUUUUAUUAAUUUAAAUGAAGUUGAAUUUAAGGAGAACCCUGCAUUGGAUAUGAUUGAAAAAAAUGUUUCCAGUGGUGUUAAAAUUGUAAAUACUUCAAUGAAAAAAGGCAUGCAUAUAUUAAAAGAAAAUACUACAGGAACGUUAAAAACAAUUGAUACCGACGCCAAGCCAUGUAUAAAAAAUAUUAAAGAUUCAAUAAUGCAUAAGGUAGAAGCUGUAAAAUCAGGGGAAAUAGAAAUUUCAGAUAUUAAAGAAUCGGUUAUCGAAACAUUAAAUAAUAAUUUUGAAAUAUUAAAUGCUAAUAUUGAAAUGUCUGUUAAGCCUAAAACCGAACAAUUAAAAAAUGACGUAGCGAAUAAAACCCAAAAAUUAAAAAAUGACGUAGCGAAUAAAACCCAAAAAUUAAAAAAUGACGUAGCGAAUAAAACCCAAAAAUUAAAAAAUGACGUAUCGAAUAAAAUCGACCACAUUUCUACACAAUUAAAAACACAGGUAGAUGAUAUAAAAGAUAAUAUUAAAGAUAGUGUGGACACUAUUGGUACUGAGAUUAUUCCCCAAAUCGGAAAUACUAUUAAAGAUACUGUUGGUGAUACAAUAGGGGGUAUAGCUUCUGGUAUUGAAAAAACAUCUGAUAUGGUUAAAGAAAAAGUAAUUGAAACUAUUUUUAAUGCUGAUUUUGUCCCCACAUCUAUAAAAGAAAUUGUUAAUAUGCCUCCUGAUGAAAAUAUUACUUCAAUAUUGACAGAAAGUAUAAAAAAUGGAAAUCCCGGUAAUAGCGCAAAAUCAUUUUUUAAAAAGCAAUUUAAGCAUAUAAAAGUAAAAAUGGCUCUAGCUGGAGGUAUUUUAACAACAAUUGGAGGAAUUAUUAAUUUAACAAUUGGUAUUCCAUCUAUAGCAUUCCUCUUUUUAGUAAUAUCGUUAUUCAGUUUAUAUUAUUUUAUAUAUGAAACAUACUUGAAAAAUACAAGAUGUUUUCUAUGUUUUAAAUCUAAAAAGAAAAAGAAGUAA